CUCCUGCCCUCACAGAGGCUGAUCCUGAGACCACAUCCAAUAAAGACCCUGUUCACAAAUUCAUCUUACAGUCUGCUUUUCAAGAAGCCUGACCUGGAGUACUUUCUAUGCCUAACACUAUAACAAACUUAACAACAAGAGGAAAAAUGAACCAGAAAGAAACCUGAUAGACACCUGCUCCCCUACACAGUAGGGGAGCCUCAGCCCCAGCUCCUUGAGGUCUUGCAGUUACUCUUUUGAAGUCUGAUCCUUUCGUUACUGGAGGACAGGAGAACCAAAAUCGUAGAGGAUUCCACCUAGAAGAAAAAGUUGCCAGCUGUCUGGUUGCUCCCCAACUGGCUCCCCCACACUGCGAGUCUGAUCAAGGAAGCAGGAAGUGCUGCUCCUGAGGACAGAGACAUGGGCCCAGCUGGCCAGGUCAUCCUGCUGCUGUUCCUGCUGGGAUCUCCUCCAGGCUCUUCCACCAGAAUGAAAAAUCUGCAGGCCGUGUGUGGACGACGUGUAUACUCAAGCCGCAUUAUGGGGGGCCAGGAUGCCGCUGUGGGGAGAUGGCCUUGGCAGGUCAGCCUACGCGUUAACCAGAUACAUAUCUGCGGAGGUUCCCUCAUCAGUGAGAGAUGGGUACUAACAGCAGCACACUGCAUCCAACGGUCAAUGAUAUUUGCAUAUACUGUAUGGAUGGGAUCUAUUAAAGCAGGAUACUCAAGUCAUGUCACAGAGUACCUAAUAUCCAAAAUCAUCAUCCAUCCGAAACACGAGGAUAAAAACGCAGACAUUGCUUUGCUAAAACUGUUCUCCCAAGUCACCUUCACUUCUCUCAUCCUGCCCAUCUGCUUGCCCAGUAUCACAAAGCAGCUAAAAAUUCCAGCUUCUUGUUGGGUGACUGGAUGGGGACAAGUUUCAACAGAUACAGCCGGUACUUACGCGUCUACCCUCCAGGAAGUAGAAAUACCCAUUAUUAACCGCCAGUACUGUGAAUACCUCUUUAACCCAAUUGGCAUCUUCCUCCCAGAACUGGAGCCAGUCAUUAAGGAAGAUAUGAUUUGUGCUGGAGAUAUACAAAGCGGGAAGGAUAGCUGCAAGGGUGACUCCGGGGGACCUCUGUCAUGUCUCAUUGAUAAUGUAUGGAUCGUGAUAGGAGUGGUAAGCUGGGGAACAGAGUGUGGUAAACUUCCCGGGGUCUACGCCAAUGUGACCUACUAUCAGGAAUGGAUUGAUGCCACUAUCUCAAGAGCGGAAGUCUUAAAGGCCACCAAUCUGGACUUCUCUGACCUCCUGUUGUAUAUACUACUACUUUCUCUGGCUCUCCUGGGACCCUGUGGUGCCCCUGGGCUUGACACAGUGUGGGGAGAGUGAGCAGCACAGUUGAAGCUGCAGACUAUAGAACUGGGAUGGGAAUGCAAGGACACUGAAUCCCUGCGGUAGAGAACUCACAGAAGAGUAAUGGAAAC